AUGGCCCAGCGACACUCCGUGGGCAACAACGAGCAAGGCGGCGGCGAUUGUCCCACCGGUCCGCAGAAGCCGGGCAUCCAGACUCCCGUCCUUGGGUUGGAGGAGCACGAUCUCAGCUCGAGCCCUCGAAGCGCCCCUACCUUCAUGUCACAAGAUGGAAGUGCCAACACUCUCGUGGAACCUUCCCCGGGCAGUCCGCACCGCAAGACAGACGAAGAUGCACGAUAUGUAACAGGCUACAAGCUGGCGGGCCUCGUCACGGGGAUGACGGUGGUCAUCUUCCUCAUUUACUUAGACAACUCAAUCAUCAGCACUGCCACGCCAGUCAUUACGGCCGAUCUGCACGAAACGGCCGACAUUGGGUGGUAUGCAGGGGCUUACACCCUCGUGUCCGGCACCCUGCAGCCAAUGGCAGGGAAACUGUACACUUACUUCCGGAAGCAGUUUGUCUUCUUGGCCUUCCUCUUCGUCUUCGAAGCCGGCUCUCUCAUCUGCGCGUUGGCACAUUCGUCUCCCAUGUUGAUUGCCGGCCGCGCCGUUGCCGGCGCUGGCUCAUCCGGUCUGAUGAACGGAGCCUGGACCAUCAUCGGUAAUUCACUCCCCUUGGGUCAGCAGCCUUUUUAUACGGGUGUUAUGAUGGGUGUGGGUCAAAUGGCUCUCAUCGUGGGCCCUCUCAUUGGCGGGGCGCUCACUCAAUACGCCUCUUGGCGAUGGUGUAAGUCGGCAGCUGGUGCGAGAAUUCACGAUGUGGUGGCUAAGCCAUUUAUCGCAGGUUUCUACAUUAACUUGCCCAUCGGCGCAUGUGCCGCCGUUCUGGUCCUCUUUCACGCCAUUCCCGAUACGAAUGGCAUGGAUGCUUUCUCUUUUGCCUUCGUUCGGAGGACACUCUCCAGUCUCGAUCUUGGUGGCUUCGCCCUGCUCGCACCGGCAAUGGCCAUGUUCUUAGCGGCCUUGCAGUUCGGGUCGGAUACCAAGUACGCCUGGAACAGCUCAUUAAUCAUCGGCUUAUUCUGCGGCGCUGGAGUGGCUGCUGUCUUGUUCGUCCUAUGGGAAUGCCGAGUUGGCGACACAGCAAUCAUCCCUGGCUCCGUCGUCCGCCGACGCGAGGUCUGGUCGAGCUGCGGGCACAUCUUCAGCAUGUCCUUCGUUGUCUUUAUUGCCAACUAUUUUCUGCCGGUGUACUUUCAAGCCGUCAAGGGUGUGGGACCAACUCUCAGCGGUUUAUACCUGCUGCCGGGCAUCUUGGGACAGUUGUCAUUUGUGCUUUUGUCAGGAGCUGCUGUUGAUGCACGGUAUUGGCCGCGGUGCUGCGAUGACAAUGCAAUCCAGUGCGCCCUGGACGAGGAGCUAGUUGCCCUUGCCAUGUCGCUUCUCAUCUUCUGCCAGAACCUGGCCGGCUCUGUUGCCGUGAUCAUUGCUACCACCAUCUUCACCCAAAGCCUGCUUAAGGACCUGCCCAUCCUCGCGCCCUCAGCCUCUCCGGAGGCGGCCAUCCGCUCCGGCACCGGGGCAGGUGCAGUGCGAGGUCUACUCCCGGUCGGAAGUCCAGAGUUGGACGGGCUCUUGCGGGCGUACUCAUACGCAGUGGAUAAGACUUUCUACGUGGUGGCUGGCUUUGGUGCCACGUCCAUUGGCUUUGCUUUCUUCAUGGGGUGGAAGGACGUCCGCAAGGCAAAGGCCAAGAUAGCAGAAAGCAACCAAGGGAAGAUUGGAGAGCAGGAGGUUGCAACUGUUUAA